UCUGCAACACGUUUUCGCAUCGACCUGAGAACUUUGACAGCAGAAUAAUACUCUCGAUAUCAAAAUCACGAUUUCACUCAGCUUUCUACACUCUUUUCAAGUAGGAACGCAGCCUCACCGUUUCGCGGUCGCAAUUUCAGGCUCUCUCGCCACAGUACACUUCUUCAAGUAGCACAUCAUGUCUUACGGAGGAGGCAACGGAUACGGAGGAGGCGGCGGAUAUGGCGGCGGUGGCAGAGGAGGAGGAGGAGGGUAUGAAGAGCGAAAUUCUUACAGUCGCAACAACUAUUCCAGCAACUACUCCAAUGGAUACUCCAACAGUGGCGGCGGAUAUGGCGGAGGAGGAGGAGGAGGCUAUAACGGAAACUCCAACGGCUACCAAGGUGGCGGUGGAGGUGGAUAUGGUGGAGGACAAGGUGGUGGAGACCGAAUGUCCAAUCUUGGUGCUGGUCUUCAAAAGCAAAGCUGGGACUUGAACACCAUGCCAAAGUUCGAGAAAUCGUUCUACAAAGAAGAUCCUCAAGUCACAGCCCGUUCAGAGGCCGAUGUCCAAAAGUUCAGAGCCCUCCACGGCAUCGCAGUACAAGGAUCCGAUGUCCCCAGACCAGUUGAGAAUUUCGACGAGGCUGGCUUCCCCGCAUAUGUCAUGAGUGAAGUCAAGGCCCAGGGAUUCCCAGCACCUACCGCCAUUCAAUCUCAAGGUUGGCCUAUGGCUCUCUCUGGACGUGACGUUGUCGGUAUAGCCGAGACUGGUUCUGGAAAGACUUUGACCUACUGUCUCCCAGCUAUUGUCCACAUCAAUGCACAGCCCCUUCUCGCCCCAGGCGAUGGGCCCAUCGUUCUGGUUCUCGCCCCAACUCGUGAGUUGGCCGUCCAAAUUCAACAGGAGAUUACGAAGUUUGGGAAAUCCUCCCGCAUCCGCAACACCUGUGUCUACGGUGGUGUUCCAAAGGGUGGCCAAAUCCGCGACCUUGCCAAGGGUGUCGAGGUUUGCAUUGCCACUCCAGGUCGUCUCAUUGACAUGCUCGAGUCCGGAAAGACUAACCUUCGUCGUGUUACUUACCUCGUCCUUGAUGAGGCUGAUCGUAUGCUUGACAUGGGUUUCGAACCACAAAUCCGCAAGAUCCUUGGACAGAUUCGCCCUGACAGACAAACCUGCAUGUGGUCUGCUACAUGGCCGAAGGAGGUCCGCGCUCUUGCUUCUGAUUACUUGAACAACUUCAUCCAGGUCAACAUUGGAUCCCUUGAGCUCUCUGCUAACCACAGAAUUACCCAAAUCGUUGAAGUCGUUUCUGAAUUUGAGAAGCGUGACAAGAUGACCAAGCAUCUUGAGAAGAUCAUGGAGGACAAAGACAACAAGAUCUUGAUCUUCACAGGUACCAAGCGUGUUGCCGACGAUAUCACACGAUUCCUUAGACAAGACGGAUGGCCCGCGCUUUCUAUUCACGGAGACAAGCAACAGAAUGAGCGUGAUUGGGUUUUGAACGAGUUCAAGACCGGAAAGAGUCCCAUCAUGGUUGCCACUGACGUGGCUUCCCGUGGUAUUGAUGUCCGCAACAUUACUCAUGUGUUGAACUAUGAUUACCCUAACAAUUCGGAGGAUUAUAUCCAUCGUAUUGGUCGUACUGGUCGUGCCGGUGCAAAGGGAACUGCAAUUACCUUCUUCACCACUGACAACCAGAAGCAGGCUCGUGAUCUAGUCAAUGUUCUCACUGAGGCUAAGCAGCAGAUCGAUCCCCGUCUUGCCGAGAUGACCCGGUAUGGGGGAGGAGGUGGUGGAGGAAGAUGGGGAGGUGGUGGAGGAAGAGGAGGUUACGGCCGCGGAGGUGGCCGAGGUGGAGGUGAGUUCAAGUUACCCUUUUCUCCCCGUUCCAUCGCUGAUGGAACUAACAAAGGUCGUUGGUAGGAGGUUUCACCUCUUCAAACGCGGCCCCUCUUGGCUCGGGCAGGCGUUGGUAAGAGCCGUAUCAUUCGAGUGAUUCGAUCCGUCUUCCCCCGACAUCGUCGAACGCAACAUAGAUUCCCGAUUCAUCGGAUAUUCGUCACCUGCUCGGAAGUGACCACCACUGCAUUUCAUAGGUCGUUUUGGCGUUGUUUGGUAUCAGGGGGUUCAGGAGAGAGGGUAGAAUGCCUUGAUUUGCACCUCUUUUCUACUGCAUUCAUACAUGAUUCUUUUUGCGCUCUUGUAAUCUCUAUUUCCCUUUUUCUCUCGGACAAAAAUUGCGGCUUUUGUAGUCAAGGAUUAGAUUAUUAUAAGUGGAGGCUGUCAUCUCUUUAUAGGAGGGACUGGCUAGCUGACUUACUUGACUCGGAUCAUAGAUUGCCAAUUGAGGCUGCGUUGUAGCUGGGUAGCUGCUAGUAUGAUAGACUAAAUGAGAAAUUAUCUCG